UGUCAUUACGAGUGAAGACCAGCCCGGUCGACCUGACAAACUCCGCUGGAUCAUGUUCGGACGUUCGACCGAUUAAAUUUUCUUCUCAUCGUUUUCGUUCCUCCGAUUUGUCCCGACGCUUGGAAAGGGGUGGCGAUAUCGUCUGACUUAUUUUAUGCACCCCUCCGAAGAAAAAUGGAGAUUCUUCACAAACCAGUUGUGAUCAUAGUUGUGGGUCAGGGAAGAAAGAACUUGUCACCUUUACUCAUGGCGUUGCUCUUCGUUUUUUCGCUGUUGACGACGGUCUCGGCGCAACUCGACAUACCCUUACGCGAUGACCUUCUGGAAAGUAUCGUCGGACGAGCCAGCGUCGGUAAUUUGGACUACAGAAAUGUCUUGGCGAGACUCGAAUUCCAGGGUGUACAGCAAUGCAGUAAAAAUGUUGCCACUCAAUGGGAAUACGAGACCAACGUUAACGAACUUUCGCAACUACAGGCGCUGGAAGCGCAGCAGCAGUAUUCGGAAUUUCAGAACCAGGCGUGGCAGCUGAUCAAACGACUGGACAUAAACAGCAUAAGGGAUCCGACGAUUCGAAGACGUUUGAGAUUUUUGUCCGUCGUUGGACCGGCCGCACUUCCGCCGGAUCAACUGGACAGAUACAAUCGGGUGAUUAAUGACAUGUUAUCGAUAUACAAUGGAGCAACAAUUUGCGCGCACAACGACCCAUUCCGUUGUGGACUGCGUCUGUACCCUGACUUGUCCAAAAUAAUGGCGAAAAGUCGGGACUGGGAUGAACUUCAGUACGUCUGGCUCGAAUGGCGACGACGUAGUGGGGCGCAAAUGCGAGAUCUUUACGAACAACUCGUCGAUCUCACCAACGAAGCAGCAAAUUUUAACAAUUUUUCGAACGCUGCGGAGUAUUGGCAGUUCCCUUACGAGACUUUCGACCUUCAACAGGAACUAGAGGACACCUGGAACACCAUUCGUCCCCUUUACGAAGAACUCCACGCGUACGUCAGAAGAAAGUUGCGGGAUCUUUAUGGGCCCGAUAAGAUAAGCGGACAGGCUCCUUUACCUUCUCAUGUACUCGGGAAUAUGUGGGCACAAUCCUGGACGAAUAUCGUAGAAGUGACGAUGCCAUAUUCCGGAAAGCAUCACUUGGACGUUACGGGUGAAAUGCAGAAUCAGGGAUACACGCCGAUCGACAUGUUCAGAGUUGCCGAAGAAUUUUACCUAUCGCUGAACCUGAGCGCACUUCCGCCGGAAUUUUGGGCCAGCAGUAUAUUCGCUGAUCCCGGAGAUCGCCCGAUUAUUUGCCAAGCCUCUGCCUGGGAUUUUUGCAACCGUCUCGACUACAGGAUUAAAAUGUGCACGAGAGUUACGAUGAAAGACUUGAUCACCGUUCAUCACGAGAUGGCACACAUUCAAUAUUUUCUACGUUACAGCCGACUUCCUAGAGAAUUCAGAGACGGUGCUAAUCCUGGAUUCCACGAAGCUGUCGGCGAGGCGAUCGCUCUGAGCGUCGCGACGCCUCGACAUCUUCAAACACUAGGAUUGGCUCCUAAGUACAGCGUGGAACCUACCGCCGACAUAAACUACCUGUUCGCUUUAGCUAUGGAUAAAGUGGUAUUGCUGCCGUUCAGUUUGGCAGUGGACAGAUGGAGAUGGGAUAUUUUCAAGAGGGUCGUCAACAGGGAAGAGUACAACUGUCACUGGCACCGACUCAGGGAACAAUACUCGGGUGUAAAACCACCGGUAUUGAGAUCGGAAGACGAUUUCGAUCCCGGAUCCAAAUAUCACAUACCGGCGAACAUCCCCUACAUUCGAAAUUUCGUGGCUGGAGUUCUUCAAUUCCAACUGUAUCGUGCUCUCUGUCAAGCCGCCGGACAAAGAUUUCCCGGUGACAGCAGAAGGCCUCUGCAUCGCUGCGACUUUUACAGAAGUCCCGCUGCCGGUGGAAUUUUGGGAAGAUUAAUGGAGAAAGGAUCUUCCAUCCCGUGGCAAGAAGUACUCCAAGAAGCCACCGGAGAAACCACUUUGGACGGUGACGCUCUGAGGGAAUUUUUCAGACCACUGGAGGACUGGUUGAGAACGGAGAAUCUCCGUACGGGAGAACUCGUCGGAUGGACUUACGACGGGGACUACUGCAAACGGAGCAUCGAAACGGCAGGACUACAAGUGUACGGAAGUGGAUUCUACAAUUCAGCUUUUACCUAUAGAGGCCCAACUGCGAUUUUGCUCACGUUAAUCUCUCUCAUCUCCGCAUCAUCGAGGAUCGUCGAAUACUUUUUAUAAAUAGUAGUACAUUAAUGAUAAUAAUAAUGAUAUAACAUCA